AUGAAACCGGAACGCAAUGUGAUGAUAGCGGCCACGGGCAGCGUGGCCACCAUUAAGUUAGCCCAGUUAAUCCAAGAGCUCUCCGACGAGCGUCUGCCCUACAAGUUUCACCUGAAAGUCCUCAUCACAGAGGCGGCCAAGCACUUUUUUGAAUUGGAGCAGAUACCAGAGAAUGUUCCCGUUUACCACAAUCGCGAUGAAUGGAUCACCUGGAACAAGCGAGGCGAUCCUGUUCUGCACAUAGACCUGGGCAAGUGGGCGGAUCUGCUGGUGAUUGCUCCGCUCAGCGCCAAUUCCCUGUCUAAGAUAGCCAACGGGAUCUGCGAUAAUUUCGUGAUGUGCGUAGUGCGGGCUUGGGAUCUGCAGAAGCCGCUGCUCUUUGCCCCCGCAAUGAACACUCGGAUGUACGAUCAUCCCAUAACCAGAGAGCAGAUCGACAAGCUCAUCAGUUGGGGCUACAGGGAAAUACCGUGCAUCAGCAAGACCCUAAUGUGCGGGGAUACGGGGAAUGGGGCCAUGGCAGAGGUGCCCACAAUAGUGGAAGCGGUGCUAAAGGCCUUUCCCACGGACACUGAGUUGGAGUCCAUAUAAACCUUAAGCCAAAAAUUGUUUAUAUAUCGCAGAAUAUGGGUUUUUGUUACAACAAUUAAAUACAAUUAAAUGGAAUGG